ACGAAUGAAGUGCCUCACCACGUCAGUCGGCUGCUGGUCCAAUGGCCGGGCGGAUUUAAUCAGUUUUCCACCGUGCGGUGAACACACUGGACGGGACAGCGCUGUGCGGCGGACACACACAACAUCGGCUGGUAGUCUCACCCAUGGAGGGACACAUUACACACAAAGAGAAUUCGUUUUUGUUUUAUCUACUACACCUGUAAGGGAAUUGCACACAUUUAACGUGAACGAUCCCGUUAUAAGUGUGCACUCGGAGGAAGAAGAAUAUCUUAGAUUGUAAGAGUGGAGGGAUAGCCAGAGCGCUGAGGCCAUGCACAGCCGCGUCCUGCUGGCUCUGUAACCGCGGAGGGUGCACUGCGUCGCUCGGGUUUUCCGGACAUGGAGUAAUAAAUCCACGCUGGAUUAUUUGAUGGGGUUGCUAAGAGUCAUGAUGCCGCCCAAGUUCCAGCUCCUGACGCUCCUCGCCUUCGCAGUGGCCAUGUUCUUCCUGGAGAACCAGAUCCAGAAGCUGGAGGAGUCCCGUGGAAAGCUUGAGCGAGCCAUCGCCAGGCACGAGGUGCGGGAGAUCGAGCAGCGCCACACGCAGGACGGGCAGCGCGAGCGGGGGGAGGGGCUUGUGGGGGCGGGGCCUGUGCUGGGGGCGGGGCUGCCGGACGCAGAAGACGUGGUCAUCAUCUACAACCGAGUGCCCAAGACGGCCAGCACCUCCUUCACCAACAUCGCCUACGACCUGUGCGGCAAGAACCACUACCACGUGCUCCACAUCAACACCACCAAGAACAACCCAGUCAUGUCCAUACAGGACCAGGUGAGGUUUGUUAAGAACGUGACAGAAUGGCGGGAAAUGAAGCCGGCCUUCUACCAUGGGCACGUCUCCUUCCUCGACUUCACCAAGUUUGGUGUGAAGAAGAAGCCCAUCUACAUCAACGUGGUCCGGGACCCCAUCGAGAGGCUGGUGUCCUACUACUACUUCCUGCGCUUUGGGGACGACUACAGACCCGGACUCAGGCGCAGGAAACAAGGGGACAAGAAGACGUUUGACGAGUGUGUGUCUGCGGGGGGCUCAGACUGCGCCCCUGAGAAGCUGUGGCUGCAGAUCCCGUUCUUCUGCGGCCAUUACUCCGAGUGCUGGAACGUGGGCAGCCCCUGGGCCCUGGAGCAGGCCAAGUACAACCUGGUGAACGAGUACCUGCUGGUGGGGGUGACGGAGGAGCUGGAGGACUUUGUGAUGAUGCUGGAGGCCGCGCUGCCUCGCUUCUUCAGGGGGGCUACCGACCUCUACAAGACAGGCAAGAAGUCCCAUCUGAGGAGGACAACGGAGAAGAAGCCGCCCACCAGGGAGUCCACGGCCAAGCUGCAGCAGUCGGCCAUCUGGAAGAUGGAGAACGAGUUCUACGAGUUCGCCCUGGAGCAGUUCCAGUUCGUCCGCGCUCACGCUGUCCGCGAGAAGGACGGCGAGCUCUACCUGCUGGCCCAGAACUUCUUCUACGAGAAGAUCUACCCCAAGAACUAGGGCACCUGCUGGUCCAUUCCCGCCUGCCCUCGCACCGGGGAGAUGAACUGAUCCUGAGGGGGCGAUGGGCUGAGAGAGAAGGCUCAAUGGUGGACCAACCGUCGUACUUGUAAACAACAACAAAGGAGGUGCUACCAAACCAUCUAGCGGUGGUGGUGGAUGGGUUCUGGUCGGAGAGAUUUGUGUCGCUGUGUGCUUGAUGACCCCUCUUCCCCACCAGCUGGCCAAAUGGCGGAGGCCAGCGUGGCAGCCGCUAUUUGCCGAUCGUAUUCCUUGCUGAGAAACUCCUCUCUUCCAAGUGAGGAAGAAGGCCAUUGGUCGCUCUCUUACUCGCACGCGUCUGGGACACGGCGUGGCCGGCAGCUGUUAGGACCGUCACUAUGGAUUGGUCACCGGAUCUCCUUGGUUCUCUCCUCCCACCCUCAGCCCAAACACUGGAGCCUGUGUUAUUUUCUGAUUGUGCUGUGAUGUAUUUUUUAUUUCUACAACUAUCAUGGUCUUUUUUUCUCACGCAAAGAGACCAAGAUUCUAUCUUUUCCCCUCCUGGGUGAAAAGACGUUGAUGUGCUUAGAGACCACAGCUAAAGAAAGGAAACCGUGAAAAAUGUAAAACUACUGCAUUGGACUUGAAUAAGAAACAGCUCAGCUUUUUUCCAAGUCAGAAUCCUGUGUCUAUAGACUAUUUCCUGGGACAAAUCUUUGUGUUUUAUAAAUGUAUUUGUUUUAUGAUUCUUGUAAAUGUGCGUCCUUGUUGGGGGGGGUUUGUAUGGAUAUUGAAAGGUUAAGUACAUUAAGUAAUUCAACUAGUUGAACAAUACUGCUGUUGUACAUAUUAUUUCCAAUGGAUUAAUUUCCGAUGAUUUUUUUUAUGAUUAACUUAUUUACAUUGUGCUAACACCUACAAACAAAUUAACUGUCUGUUCAAUUCAUUGUUUGUGGGUCUUGCUUGACCAUGUUUGUUUUUAAGAUUUAUUUUUGAUUAGUCAUUGUAAAACAUGGAUGCCCAGAAACAUGCUUAUUCUCUGCUGCUAAGAUUGUAGCCCUUUUUCUUACAUUUGUAUACAUAACAUGAAAAAAAAACUUUUCUCUGUAAGAUUUGCUUUUAUGUAGUAUGUUUUAGGUGGUUUUGCUCAUUUACGGCUAGGUAAAGAUUGUAGAUUUCUGCCCUGUUAAAUUCCUAACAUAAUCUCUCUUAAUGGGGAGCUGUGAAAGAUGGUUAUAACACUAAAUGUACACAAACUGUUGGCUUGUUUCGAAAUUGUUAUUGUUUUUUAGGCCUUCAACAGACAAAUGUUCUGUAUUCUGAGUUGGAAUGAUAAAUAAAUACAUUGAAUAGGGAUAGAUGUCCAACCAAUCAGGAUAGAGUAUUCUGUCAAGGCUGUGAGCCCUGACCAUAGGUCCUUGAAUUAAAUCACUCGCUUUCGAUAACGGAUCAGAUGUAUUCUGAUUGGCCGGGAAGCUAAGCCUUCCACAGAAGAAGAAAAUUUGCAAAAUGUAAAGGAAAAAUCCACUCUGUGUAAUCUUUGCUGACAGCUUAUAUGACAGCCGUAAUGCUAGAACCCUAUUCACAGUGCUCCUUUGAGAGCCUUUCGACAAUAAAUGUCCCACAAAACUAAUCCAAUCCUAGGCAUAAUACACAAAGGUCCAUUUAACAAGACUGAGAUACAUCGGAUCUGUCCAGAGAUAGUACAGAGGAUCAUCUUACUGAAUGAAAUCAAAAUAAGAAAAAGAAAAAAUUAUAUAAGGGUUUACUAGUUAGGCUGAAUGUGCCUUCUCUUUGCCCAACUGUUAUUUCUGUUGCAGAUUUGUUAAUAAAAAAGUCAUUGUUUUGAUUGCCAAAAAUAUAUAUCAAUUCAGUGAACACAAUUUCA